CCGCCCCUUGGUGAAUCGUCAGAAAAGUGCCGUAGUAAUGGCAACUAAACGCUUAAGUUGAGAUUGGACUCUUCGAAAACAAAUUAAACGUCUUAUAGUCACCAGUGACACUUGAAGCAACGGGACGAGCGCCAAUAUGCUCCGGAGACUCGCUAGUCUCCCUCUGCGGCGGCCUGCAGCUGCUCCUCUGGCUGCUGGAGUGAGGUGCAUCUCCUCCGGCUCGGUGGAGAUCACCGUCCCGCUUAACUUCUGGGCUGGGAAGAGGAGGACAGGCCCUGAGAAAUGCAGCAAGGACAAUGUUUACGAACCUGCAACCGGCCGUGUCCUGUGCCAGUUGGAGCCUUGUGGUGCUGUGGAGGUGGACCAAGCUGUGAAGGCUGCCAAACUGGCUUUCGGUUAUUGGAGCAAAAUGUCGGGGAUGGAGAGGGCAAGGGUCAUGAUAGAAGCUGCACAUAUAAUUGAGAGCAACAGAGAGGAAAUAGCUGAAAUGGAGGUGGUCAAUAAUGGGAAGUCCAUCACAGAGGCCCGUCUGGAUGUGGACUCUGCCAGACUGUGUAUAGAGUACUAUGCAGGACUGGCCAGCACUUUAGCAGGCCAGCAUGUCCAGUUGCCUGGGGGAUCCUUUGCAUACACUCGCAGAGAGCCGCUGGGAGUCUGUGUUGGCAUCGGGGCUUGGAAUUAUCCCUUUCAGAUCGCUGCCUGGAAGUCUGCUCCAGCCCUGGCCUGCGGUAACUCCAUGGUGUUUAAACCGUCACCGGUGACGCCUGUGACAGCAGUCAUGCUGGCAGAGAUCUACGCCAAAGCCGGAGUUCCAGAGGGGCUCUUCAAUGUGGUCCAGGGGGGCCAGGAAACUGGCAGCCUCCUAUGUCAACACCCUGAUGUUGCUAAGGUGUCUUUUACUGGUAGUGUGCCCACAGGACAGAAAAUCAUGGAGAUGGCAUCUAAGGGGGUCAAACCAGUGACUUUGGAGCUUGGAGGAAAAUCUCCACUGCUCAUAUUUAAGGACAGUGAUCUGGAGAACGCUGUGAGGGGAGCUCUCAUGGCCAACUUCCUGUCUCAAGGCCAGGUGUGCAGCAAUGGUACGAGGGUCUUUGUUCAGAAGGAUAUUCUGCCUGAGUUUGUGAAGGAGGUGGUAAAGAGGACCCAAGCGAUCGAAAUAGGAGACCCUCUUUUAGAGAGCACCAGAAUGGGGGCACUGGUCAGCCGACCACAUCUGGAUAAAGUCCUGUCUUUUGUUGAUCGAGCAAAAAAAGAGGGCGCUACAGUGUUGUGCGGGGGUGAACCUUAUGUCCCAUCUGAUCCCAAGCUCAGAGGCGGAUACUACAUGACGCCAUGCGUAUUAGGUAACUGCACUGAUGACAUGACCUGUGUGAAGGAGGAGAUCUUUGGUCCAGUCAUGUCUGUGCUACCCUUUGAGACAGAAGACGAGGUGCUGCAGAGGGCUAAUGACACUUCACUGGGUCUGGCUGCAGGUGUUUUCACCAGGGAUGUGAGGCGAGCCCAUAGAGUGGUUGAACAUCUCAAGGCAGGCUCCUGUUUCAUCAACAACUACAACAUCACUCCUGUGGAGGUGCCUUUUGGAGGUUUCAAAAUGUCAGGCAUAGGGCGGGAGAACGGCCAGGUGACGAUCGAGUUUUACUCCCAACUGAAGACUGUGUUUGUGGAGAUGGGCGAUGUAGACAGCCUCUUCUAGACCACCCAGCCACAGGAAGCCAGAGCUGUGCACUGAGACAGAGACUCUAGAUCAGGAAAUCUCCCAUCAGUCAAGGAAAAACUAUCAACUGUUUGUGCUCCAAAUAACAACUAACAGUCUUUGAUCAAUGUGCUCAAAUCAUCCACACUUUUUUUCUAAUUUACAGGAAAAUAUAACACAUUGUAGGCACUAAAACUGCAUUCUGAACCAAUUCAAUCUAAUUCAAGCUCUUAGCUUUGUGAUUUAAAUCUAAAUCUUGACUGAUUUUAGCUACUUGAGUGCGAAUGAGUUUCAUAUUGAGUUUCGUGCUUGGUUACCUUUUUUGGCCAUUUAUGUAAAUGAGACGAUUCUCAAUGUAUUUUACGCAUUUGCACAACAAUGUUUACAAUCAAGCUUUAUUUUAUUAACUAUACACAUGAAACUAUUUUUGUACACUUAAAUGAAAAUCUAAGUACUUUUAUAUGAAUUAUGAAUGUUAUAGCGUGUCGUGUGAAAUAAAACUACAACAGCAAUGUCUGGGUAGAGUGAACUAUCAAAGGAACCUGUCCAACACAUUUGAUAAUAACGUGAAUUGUAAAAUAACAUCACACUAAAAUAAACAGGUUG